AUGGCACGCAUCUUCAUUACAGGCUCAAGCGACGGAAUCGGCCAAGUAGCCGGCAAAAUCCUGGCAGACCAAGGCCACUCCGUAGUGCUACACGCACGCAACGCGGAACGCGCAGCGUCAACCAAACAAGCCGUACCCAACGCCGAAGCAGUCCUAGUAGGCGACCUACGCUCAAUCAGCGAAACAAAGAACCUAGCCAAAGAAGCCAACAACCUAGGCAAGGGCCCAUUUGACACAAUCAUCCACAACGCAGGUAUAGGCUUUGGCGCGACAUCUAGUCGGGAAAUAACAGCCGACAAGAUCUCAGCUGUCUUCGCUGUCAACACUCUCGCACCAUAUAUCCUCACCUGUCUCAUGGACAAGCCGACUUCGCGGCUACUUUAUAUGAGCUCUGAUAGCCAUUACGGGGGUGAUAACUCCAUGCGCAAUGUUACGCAGUCGCAUUCGUAUGGUGAUAGCAAGAUGCAUGAUAUGAUGCUUGCUAAUGCGUUUGCGAGGCGGUGGGGUGAGGAGAUUCAGGUUGUUAGCAUGGAUCCUGGUUGGGUUAGGACUAAGAUGGGUGGUUCGAUGGCUCCGGGUAGUAUUGAUAAGCCGACGAAGGCUUUGGCGGAGUGGGCUGCUGGGAAGGGGAAUUUGGCGAGCUUGAAGAGCGGGACUUUCUUUAACCCUAGGGGAGCAGCGACGCCUGAUCCUGCCGCUGGAGUUGUUGCCAAGCAGGAGGAAUUGUUGAAGAUUUGUAAGGAGGUAUCUGGGGUUGGAAUCCCUGGUGAAUAA